AUGCACCUAUCUUUGGUCACACUUAUUCUUGCUCCAAGCAUAAUCGGGGUCUUGGCAGCUGAGCAGGCGCCCCUCACCGGCGACAACGGCAGCUGUCUUUCAUCCCCAAGCUACAAGUCAUGUUGCCCCACACAAACAUCUUCUGGGAAAGAUGUUAUCGGUGGUAGCACCUUCGAAUAUACCUGUGCAUCCUGGCCAUCAAACUCUUACAAGACUACGAUCAUAUCUCGUACGCCUGCUCAUUGCGCCCAGGCAUGCGCCCAGGAUCCUCAGUGUGUUGCAGCAGCCUGGAUUAAAGGAAAAUGUUAUAUAAGCACGAACGCUGCCUUCAAGCCCGUCACUAACGAUAAGACCGACUCCAUACUCCUCGUUAAGACAGACGCGGCUUUCGAUGGUUCCACAUCAGGCGGUACUGGCCACGAUAAAGCAGCCGAGUGCGAGAACGAAAAAGACGUGAUCCGGAGCCAGAUGGCAUCUCAGUGCGAAAGCGAGAAGCAAAAGCUUCAGACUGGCUGCAAAGAUGAUGUCCGGAAGGCGGAGGAGAGUUGCAAUCAGGAAAGGACAGCACUUGAGACGAAGGCGGCCACGCUUGCACGGGAGAAAACGCAGUGCGAGGCCGAUAAGGCGCGAGAGCUUACCAAUGCCAAGGCGCAAUGUGAUGCCGACAAGUCUCGGGAGCUUACUGAUGCUAGAACGCAAUGCGAUGCAGAAAAGUCUCGAGAGCUCACCGACGCUAGAACGCAGUGUGAUGCCUCGAAGUCUGCCAUCGAAAAGCAACUACAACAAUGUCGAAAUCAACAGGGCCAGGGUCAGAGCAACCAGCAAGGGUCUCCUCAGGAAGCUGAGUGCAAGACCACGUCGUGGCAAGCCAUGUGUGGCAGUAGGCAAUGCGCGGAUAGAUUCUCCAUCGAAGGCGUCGAGUAUGAGCGAAGGUGCGGCGUGGCCACAACGAACACGAGGCAGAAGGUAAUCUCGACCGCUGUCUACCGUACACCGUGGGACUGUUUGAAGUCUGAGUGCAACGGAGUCUCGAACUGCAUGGGUAUUGGUUGGACUAAUGCGUUCAAUCUGUGCCACGUCCACCUGCAUGCGAACACUGUAGGAAAGGUCCUCAAGCCUGUUGGUUCACACCAUGCUCUAUUCAAGGUGGACUGGAAACAGCCAUUCUAA